AACGCGUUUGACAAAUCAACAAAGAAAGAUCAACUUUAACAUAUAGUAUAAUGCUUGACCUCAGUCUCAUUAUACUGUAUAGAGAGUUUGCUCCAUCUUGAUCUUUGUGUACGUUGUUGUGACUGUUUCGGUGUUUGUGUUGUGCUUAAUUGUCAUGGAUGCAGCUUUGGGGGCUUUGUUUGGGGAAUUGCUGAAAGCCAUUUUGCUCGCAAAAGACAAAGCGAUUAUGUUCAAGGAAACCAUGGACCACCUCGAAUCCACUCUGAAAUCAAUAGAACCGGUGAUAAGAAAGAUAGAAAAGCACAACAAGAAGUUGGGGCGUCCGAAGGAGGAACUCGAAUCGCUGAAAACAAAGAUGGAAAAUGGCGCGAAGCUUGUUUCCAAGUGUUCCGAAAUCCACAAGCUAGAUUUUGUGACCAAGAUUCGUUACCAGAGUAAACUAGAGGCACUUGAAGACUCUCUCACGAAGUUUUUCGUCAUUGACCUGGCAGCUCAGACGGCGAGAGAUCAGAAGGAGACCUUGCGUAAGGUUAGAAGAAUGGUAAACGCCGCUAAGAAGUUGCCCUUCAACUCAGUUGAUGAAUCUAACCCUAAGCCUGCAGGGGAGGUGAUUGAAUCUGAGAUCGAAGCUGAAUCAGAUUAUGAUGAUGCAGUGAGUGUCGAUUCUGCACCCAUCUGUGAGAAUGAGUCAGAUACUAUUUCUCAUUCUGAUGAGCAACAAGUCAAAAUUAAUGAAGGCGUGGAUUCAAGCGUCAUACAAGCAGAAGAACCACCUUCAAUGACGACUGUCAUCGGGCCUCAAUAUUGUGCUGAAUUUACCACCUUACUAGAGAUUGUUAGAACGGUGAAGACUUUCGGCCCUGAUACAUUCAGUGUCGCAAACGUCAACGACGACAUUGUGUUCAACCUUUAAAAGCCUUCCUUCUUCUCCAUUCAUGAACGAUAUACCUUAUUUGAUGAGCAGAAAAACCCUAUUGUCACUCUGCACAAAAAGAAAAUGACAGCACAUAAUCGUUGGCAAGUUUUUAGGGGUAAAAGUGACCAAGCAGAUGAUUUGAUCUUUAACAUACAGGAGCACCACAUGAUCCAGCUAAAGACCAAAUUGGACGUGUUCUUAGCUAAAAAUACCGAAGAAAAUGAUUGUGACUUCAGGGUAAAAGGAACUUGGUCCGGCAUAUCUUAUGUUGUUUACGCCGUUCCGUCUAACAACAUUAUAGCUCAGAUUUCUAAAUACAUUGCUCGUGGAAGAAUUGGGGCCUCUAAAGAGAGUGCCGUGGUCAGAGUGAAAGCCAAUGUUGAUUCUGCAUUCAUUGUGGCACUAACUAUUGUCAUUCUUAGGAAAACCUAAAGGCAAGCAUGGAGUAUGUUGAUGUCAAAUUUGAUUUUGGUUCAAAAAUUCUAAAUAAAAUUGUGAUAUAAUAAAGCAUAACCUGCUAUGGUUCAUGCACUCCCAUUUGAAUGCUUCCCACAAGUAAUGAUCAUGAUAUCUAUCAAUUUAUGUUGAUUUUUUGCCCCAAUUUUGAUCAUUCUCGAAGAAAGCUUGAGUAAG